AUGGAAGGCUCUAGCGAGGAACUGGAACAACCUAAGAUCACGCAGGAAGCAGCAGCAGGCUCUGAAGAUGUUCAAGAGUCCGAUAAGCAAGGAUCUUCUCUCCAAUCCGAAAGCUUCGAUCCGCAACAGAUUCUGUUGGAGGCAAUUGAUCGCCGUAGGCAACAGUACAAUUCCAGGCAGGCUUUUUUCCUUUCUAACUUGGGAUUUGAUAUCCACAAUUCAAUCCGGCAUACAGGAAACUCGCCAUCUGAAUUUCUUUCUGUACCAAACGAUCAGGUACCCGCUGCGCAAACAGGACUUGAUGAAAGUCUAUUCGUGCCGCAGGAAGAAUAUGCCUCGUUGUAUCUUCCAUCUUUGGGACCAGAUGUGCCUUCUAUGUCUCCAGAUGAUCAAAAUUUUGUCGAACUACUUCAGGGGCUCAAUCCAGAAGGUGACACAAGUUCACCUGUUCAACAGCUUUCGCAGGUUGCACCUCACUCGAGCGCCAGUGCUUCACAAACAGGAAAUGCAGGCACAGCAGCUGCACCUGCCGAUGAUGAGGAAGACCCAAGGCUGUCCGCACCGUCAUGUAAGACUUCCCGGAUGACACUGGAGACCAAAGCUGCCCAACAGAAUGGCCUGACGAGGAGCUUGAAGCUAGUACCAGGACUGACCUAUCAAAGCGGCAAUUCAAUUCUAUCAAGAAAUGGUUUGAUAGUUUGGAGAAGCCAUCUGUGGCAGAUGAGAUACGCCUGGAAAAAGCAAGGCAACAAGAAUACGCUCGGAAGGAAAGGGUGGCAAGGAGAAAGGCCAUCGAAAACCAGAGUGAUCUCUCUCUCAGACAUCGACGAGCCCAAUGAAUCCACUUCAAAAGAGGCUCCUACCGAGCAAAAGUCCGAGAGUUCUAAUGCAAUCCCUGUCAAGCCGCAGCCGAAAAAGAGACGGCAAAACAGGAUUUCAGCAGAAGAAAAGCGAAAGAGCAAGGAACUCGGUCUUGCUGUUGUUCUUGCGCGCCAGAAGAAGAGGGAGAUGUCGAAGAGAGCACCCCGUAAGCGCAAAGAUAGAGGGUUCGACAACGGAAUCGCUGGCCCCAGUAAAAGACCGAAGCGAGGGCCCCUGGGUACCAAAAAAUACCUAGAAUCCCUCCUUUCUUCUGGAGUCGCGGAAGAUGCACAUGUCAACGCUUCACUGGAUGCGAUACCUGCUUCUAUUGACAAGAAUAAGAUGAAAGCACUCAAACGACUUGUCGCUACCAUUCCGAGUGUGGAUCAGAAGGAGGCUAAAUCUGACAAGAAAAAAAUUCUUGAAGCUACUCGCAAGUUCACAUGCAGUCCGAGAAGCGAUGGAAAACUCGGGUGGAACAUCAAGGGAAUGAAAACAAGUUUAUAUCACUAUCAGCUACUUGGGGCUGCUUUUAUGCGUGACCGCGAAAGUUCGUCAGAGGGACCCUUUGGGGGACUCCUCUGUGAUAUCAUGGGUUUCGGGAAAACUAUUCAAGCACUGGCAAAUAUCGUAGAUGGAAAACCUUCUGAUCCGGAGGAUCCUGAGAAGACGACGCUUAUUGUUGUUCCGUCGCACCUAGUCACUCACUGGUAA